AUUUUUUUUGACAUCUACUUGAUCAGCGCUGCAUCGUCGACGCGUUCUUCUCGACUAAUUUUGCGUAUUCUAUCAAGCACAAAAUGACGAAAUACAUUGUCGUCUCAGGCGGUGUGGUGAGCGGUAUUGGCAAGGGUGUAAUUGCUUCUUCGACGGGUUUACUACUCAAGACUCUUGGCUUAAAAGUCACCGCUAUCAAAAUCGAUCCUUACAUGAACAUCGAUGCGGGAACCAUGAGGCCGCAGGAGCAUGGGGAAGUAUAUGUCCUGAACGACGGCGGAGAAGUGGACCUUGACCUCGGAAACUACGAGCGAUACCUGAACGUCACGCUGUCACGAGAUAACAACAUUACUACCGGAAAAAUUUACAAGGAAGUCAUAGAGAAAGAGCGCAAAGGAGAUUACCUAGGAAAAACUGUUCAGAUUGUCCCUCAUGUCACGAAUGAGAUUCAAGAUUGGAUCGAACGUGUAUCUAAAAUUCCAGUAGAUGAAACGGGCGAGGAGCCUAACAUCUGCAUAGUUGAGCUAGGCGGCACGGUAGGAGACAUUGAAUCAGCGCCAUUCGUUGAGGCUAUGCGUCAAUUCCAGUUCCGCGUCGGCCAUGAAAACUUCGCUCUGAUCCACGUAUCUCUUGUUCCAGACAUGCACGGCGAACAAAAGACAAAACCUACUCAGACGACUGUCCAUUCUCUGCGCGGGUUGGGUCUCCUUCCUGACCUUAUUGCGUGCCGUCUCCUCGUUCCCCAGCCUCUCCGACCAGACACGAAAAGCAAAAUAUCGAUGUUUUGUCAUGUCGCUGCUGAGCAGGUCUUUGGUGUUCAUGACGUUUCCUCUGUGUACCAUGUCCCGUUACUCUUACGGUCUCAGGGGAUCGUUGAAUAUCUCACAAAACGAUUGAAUCUAGAAAGCGUCAGGGUUACUAAGGAAAUGGCAGAUGGAGGAGUGUCGCUCUCGAACCGCUGGCGCAACAUGACUUCUCUAUCUGAGAGGGCCUUCGACACAGUGCACAUUGUCCUAGUCGGAAAGUACACCGAUCUCAAAGAUUCUUAUAUGUCUGUCACAAAAUCAUUAGAGCAUUCUGCUUUCCGAGUGAACCGGAAACUAACUGUUCAAUGGGUUGAAUCGUCCGACUUAGAACCGGAAGUACAAGAGAAUGCACCUGCUAGAUAUCACGAUGCAUGGCGAGCAGUCGUAGGUGCUAGAGGGAUUCUUGUGCCCGGUGGGUUUGGUAAUCGAGGGACUGAAGGCAUGCUCCUCGCCAUAAAAUACGCUCGCGAACAAGGGAUACCUUAUCUAGGGAUCUGUCUCGGCUUUCAACUCGCCGUCAUCGAAUGGUCUCGCAACGUCUUGAACAUAUCUGAUGCAACAUCUAUGGAAUUCGACCAAGAAAGCAAAAGUCCUGCAAUUGUUUUUAUGCCAGAGAUAUCCAAAACACACAUGGGUGGGACGAUGCGCUUGGGAUUGAGGCCAACGGUCUUCCAAGAAGGCACGGAAACGUGGUCGAAGGCGAGGAAGCUUUAUGGGGGUGCAGAAAAAAUUUGGGAGCGGCAUCGUCAUAGAUACGAAGUUAAUCCUGAUUGGGUAGAAAGAUUGACUGCAAGUGGACUGCCAUUCGUAGGCAAAGAUGAGAAGGGCGAGCGAAUGCAAGUGCUAGAGCUGCGUGAUCAUCCCUUCUUCAUGGGUCUACAAGCUCAUCCAGAGUUCUGUACCCGUCCCCUCAACCCUUCCCCCCCGUUCCUCGGGUUCGUCGCUGCCGCCUCGGGCCCCGGUGUGUUACAAGAACAGAUUGAGAAUCAGCUAAGGAAUUAUACUCCCCCACACCCGGAAGACGCGAUGGUUAGCGAGGCUGAACUGAGGAACGGACACCCGGUUGCAUAUGGCAAAGACCAUGUUCUCGUCAAUGGGAACGCGUCUGCGAUAUGAUUUUCGAGUCCUAAUAACACUAAACGUUUUCUUUUUUUUUUGUGAUAUUCCCUCUUCAUACGUUCUUUCAUUCGUUCGUCGUGUGUGUAAUAAAGUCUAUCCAGACCUCACUUUGCCAUGACCCAUCAUGCACUGUCGAAAUUUAAACAUAUCUUGCUCGCAUUCUGUCACAUUCUAUUCUGCCGCUUAUAUUCUAUCUGUAUCUGUAGUAUGUAUCCCCGCGCUUGUAGAACAGUAUCCCCUCACUUGUAGAACAUAGCCCACCCUUGUAUCUUUGAUCUUACGUAAUCCGAAUAAUGCGUUCCCGCC